AUGCCGUGCACAUCACGCAACAAAAAGACUGCACCCCGUAAGGUGCGCUUCAAUCCAUAUGCUCGGCCCUACACUUCAAGCAAUGAAAGUAUUGCACCGAUCACCACACCUCUAACAAGGACACUUGCCUUAUUUAUCGACGAGGAAGUGACAUUAAAUACUGCUCUUGAGUGGAUGGGAUCUGCUAUGUUGAUCGACGAAGCCCCUGUACUCGACGGGACAGCGGGAAGUCAGCAAGAUGUCUCAAUGCUGAACGUUGAUCUGGCAGACGAUAAGGUUAGAAGCACGUUCCUGGUAGCGAACUUGAUGGCCCCUGAUGCCAGUCACCAUAUGGAGCGACUAUCUCCAAAUAGAAGAAAACUUGUUCGCAACCUAGAGAAGGUGGUAAACAAGUGUAUUGAUCAUAAUUGCAAAGGGGACCAUCCUACUACUGACCUUUUACGCGAGAGGAUCUAUGUGGCACUUGAGGGAGCAGUAUUGAACAUAGAGGUGGAUGAGAUUACGCGCAGGCAUGUCUCGAAAGCCGAGAACUCCAAAAACAACGACAGACACAAGCUUCCAACAAACAAUGACAAUUUUAUCCCACCUGCCGCACAAUGCAUUUUUAACGGCAUGAAACGUGGAUUGUUCUCACUUGGAACAGUCCUCGGCGCGCAAUCAGAACCACGCAGACUAUCUCCAUUCAAAGCAGUUCCAGAGCCGCUAAAAGUAAAACGUAAGUCGGGUGCACUGCCUGCUAGAAUGCCAGGAGGAUACCCAACUGCAUAA